AUGGAUAAAAGACAUUACGAUGUUCCACUUGGUCAGGGUGACCACAAUCGAAAACGCUCACGGAACGACAUGCAUGACCCAACCGUCCCGCCUGCCACUCCUACGCCAGCAUCCUCUCCUGAAAAGGCUUCUGGAAUCCCAAUGCCGGCAAGCAGUCUCCCUCCACCAGCAACUCCGCCUUCUCAUGAUAUUGAUAUCGACGAAUCUGCCUUCCCAAGCAGUUCCACGACCCCAGAUGGGCCUUCUUCAAAGGCAACUCGCCUUGAAACAGACUCGCCUUCCCGAUCGACGUCGUCAAAGUCGUCAAUAAAAGAUCAAGAUUUACAAAUAGAUGAGUUCAAACGGGCAUUAGGCGUGGGAUGGAGGUGCAUGGAAGGAGACGAUGUCUCAAGAGCUGCCACAAAAGGUCACCAAAGGUUUAUCGAGAAGGCGUAUCCGCUACACGACGUUAUCAUUAUCGCACAGCAUACAGAAGGAAGGCGUCUCGUCACGACUGAUCGAGGCUACUUUCUUUUCGAAGAAAACCUGCAAAAGGCUUAUGAACUUGGCUCCGAUAUUGAGACAGCCUAUAAGCGAAUAGGAGAGAUGACUUUUGGGCGCCUCCCUAGUCAGCCCUGGAGACAUGGAGAAGGAGAGCCAGAGCCGAUGAGGUCGGAUGAAAUUGUGGACGAUGCCGAGAAUGGCAAUAAAAUGGAUGUUGACUGA